UAGAGAGUUCAGGAACAGAAAACAAACGGCUUGUUCGCCGAGGACUAGAUGGCGUCGAGAGUAUCGUUGACACCAUCAGGAAUGAGAAGUGGGACAAGAUGGAAGUAAUCUACGGUUUUAUUCAGGAGAACGGGAAGAGUGAUAUGAUAGAAAGGAUUGAUUGUGUUGUUGAUUUUCACCUCACGACGUCAUAUAACCAUAAUUCCCUGUGGGAGGUUGAGCAUGUCGGACUUUGAGAAAUCAAAGUCAUAACCAAAAAAAAAAAAAAAAAAUAGGUUACACAGGUUCAAAGUCUCGUACUUAAAUAAUUGAUUAAUAUCUAACAGUCAGUUAAACGCGCUUAGGCAAUUCUAAUUUUGAAUUCCGCUGAAACAAAAAGUUAAAAUUUAACUUUUGGGAGAAACAUACGAUGCAAAGUUUCACGCGGCAUCAAUUACACUUGAUGCUGGAUCGUUAGCAUUCUUUAGAAGAUUGCAUACAGAUUCGUAAACGUGCAUCUUAAAAUUUCACAUUGCGGCCACUUCAACGGAGCUUACUUUUACAUAGCGAAAACUGCGAGAUAGGCAAUACGACGUCGUCAGGAAUAAAGCUCGAGAUGUUUUCCAUUCGGCAGGCGUUGCGUCUCGGUGCACGUGUGGCGUGCAGUCGGCAUGUGGUAUGUCGUCAGACUCCUAUCUUACGCGAGCCGAGCGGCAUCGGAGCGCUUCAUCACGUGCGGCUCACACACGAGGACGGUGGCAAUCGCGGAGGUCAAUUGCGCAAGUUGGAGGCGAAGAUGAAGUUAAUGUUUACAUGCAAAAAAUGCAGCACGAGAACCAGCAAGGUGAUAUCAAAGCAAGCGUACAACAAGGGGGUGGUGAUAGUAAGAUGCGACGGUUGCAAGAACAAUCACCUUAUCGCCGAUAAUUUAGGAUGGUUUUCAGAAACAAACCAGAAGAUAAACAUCGAGAAACUCAUGGCAUUAAAGGGUGAAACUGUGAGGAAGAUAAUGAAUGACGUGGAUGGCUAUUACGAGGCCAUUUUGAAAGAUACCAGUGAGACGAAACCAGACGAUGAAUGUUCUGAUAAAAUAAAAAUGAUUGAGGAAUCAAAGAGGAAUUGAAAUUUCCUUUGAAAGCUAGCUUAUCCUAAAACAAAAGUAUAGUAAUAAGUAUAGGAAAGUACAAAAUGUUCUGUUACAAAUUUAUUGCAUAAUUUGUGCCUUUAUAAUAUAAAAUUAAUGAAUAUAGCUGCAAAAUGUAUGCAAGUCACUUUAAAAGAAUGCGCUAAAAAAAAUACUGAUUUAUAUUGAUUUAAAUGAAAGUCUGUCUUGCUAAUUGAAACAUUAUCUUGAAACAAAAUUCAUCUGUAGAUAUAAAUUUUGUUAUCGAUAUUGACGAGCAAAAGAAGGAUACAUAGAUUACAUGUGUAAAAAUCAACGCCUGUAUAUCAUUUUUUUAAAAUAUAUUCUUGAUUUAUCUGCUAAAAUUAACAAUACUUGUUCUAGAAAAUAGUUUUCACUUGUCCGUUCAAUAUAUUCCAAAAUUCAUUGAUUGACGCAGUUCUUAUCAAUAAUCAUCUAUGUAUAUAUAUAUUAAUCGACAUUUCAAUCAAUGGUAGACCAUUUGUUUGGCACAAAGACAUUAUUAUAAACGGUUUCUCAACAAAUUUUUAAAAUCACUAUGGUACUUUAUACAAUUUUGUAAAAAGAUUCUGUAAAUAAAAAAAAUAUAUAAAA